AUGGGGGCCCAGCACCCCAGUGAGGAGGAAGCGGACAGGGGCCCCUGGGCCCACCAGGGUGGGGGAUUCUGGGAAAAAGGCCUCCGGAAAAAGAGCCUGGAUGGCAAGACAAGCCACCCACGCAUCGUGGAUCACCGCUUAGGGGACCUCUGCCACCAGGAGGCCACGGGGCCACGGGAGCCGGGCAGCCGCCGCCUGCACAUCCGAGCCCACGGGUGGCAGCAGCCGGAGAGACGCAGCAAGGCGCAGAUGCUGGGCCUGGUGCUGUUGGAGCAGGGCUCUGAGCCAUUCCUGGAGGCUGCCACUGAUUCCUCCCCCUUGGAGAAGGAUCUCUCCCACCCUUGCAGGAAGCCUCUCUUGGUGGGCAUCAAACACGAGGAACCUCUGCUGGAUCCCCCAUUGGGCAACGCAGCCAUGGGCCUGGAAGCGGCUGAAAUGUUUCCCCAUCCAGAAGGGACAGAAACAGCAGCUGCACCUUCAGUUCAGAGCCCCGUGUCCUUUGAGGAGGUGGCCGUGUAUUUCACCAACGAGGAGUGGGCCCUCUUGGCCGCCGGCCAGAAAGCUCUCCACCGAGAAGUCAUGCUGGAGAACUCGCGCAACGUGGCAUCCUUGGGUCGGACAGAGCAGAAGCAGCACCGGUGCCCAGAGUGCGGGAAGAGCUUCCGUCAGAGCUCACACCUGUUGUCCCACCGGAGUAUCCACACGGGCGAGCGACCGCACCAGUGCCGGGAGUGUGGGAAGAGCUUCCGUCAGCUGGCCUACCUUGCCUCGCACCGGAGAAUCCACACAGGGGAGAAGCCCUUCCGCUGCCCCGAGUGCGGGAAGCGCUUCAACCGGAGCACCAACCUGACCUGCCACCGGAGGAAGCACACAGGUGAGAAGCCUUUCCUCUGCCCCAUCUGCAGCAAGGGCUUCUGCGACAAGUCAGGCUUCAACCUCCACCAGCUGAUCCACUCCAAGGACAAACCACACAAGUGCCUGACCUGCGAAAAGACCUUCAUCCGGCGCUCGCAGCUGACCUCUCACGAGGGGAUCCACACAGGCGAGAGGCCUUUUUGCUGCCCCGAGUGUGGGAAAAGCUUCCAUCGCAGCUCCAACCUCACCUCCCACCGGAGGAUCCACAUGGGGGAGAAACCCUAUGGCUGCUCCGAGUGCGGAAAGAGCUUUUACGACAAGCAGCACCUUCUGCGGCACCAGAGGAGGCACACAGCAGAAAAGCCCUUCUCUUGCACUGAGUGCGGGAAGACCUUCAGCCAGAAGAGGAACCUGGUGAGACACCAAAAGCUCCAUAGUGGGCCAACACCGCCUCCGUCCUCGCAGUGGACAAAGAGGUUCUGUAACAAGCGGCAGCCACGGAGGCAUCCAGACACUCACGGGAAGGAACGAGGACCCUUCAUGUCCUGGAGUGUUGAGGUGGCAUCUGAUGGAGUCCCAGUCCUGCUUCCCUGCCAAGAAUUCGCACAUGGAGAUCAGUUACCUCAGCAAUAUAAUAGAGAUUACCUCAAACGGAGGCCCGAGAAGGGCAGUCAGAAUAAUAUUGAACUCUUUCGUGAGGUAAAAUUUUCCCGAAAAUUGACCUAG